CACAUAUAUGGGUAAAAUUCACGUAUAAUUUUAUAUAAUUGCAUACAAUCAUAUAUAAUCAUAUUCUCCCGGUCGUGUACACCAGUUCUAACACUUCGUUUUCCUAUCUCUCUCGUUGUCUCCGUUAGACCAGCAGCAUAUUGUUUGUUUCUCGCCCUGGAUUGCUCGCCGAAUGGAAAUACUGCGUUCUGAUUGGCGCAUUUUGAGAAUGGAAAUGAAAAUACACGGUAACGCGGUAUUUCUAUCCGGCAAGUAAUCAGGCACGAAAAGCAAGCAAGCCUCUGUGUGUCGCCGAUUUUAAUUGGUCGAUGUCGAAACUCGAGCACGCCUCGCUGUACACCGCCAGUCGGCAGAAUGGGGGGUAGUAAAACGCUUUUCAUCGCUGCGCUUUGAGUCGCAGCUUUAUAGAUUUUCGGUACCUGUUGGUAUCGGAACGCAAUCCUCGAAGUCCUCGCGAACACGUCGCCAUUAUCUCCUCUUCCCUUCUGCCGGUUCAAAUUUAAUUGAACAUCGCUGUCCGAGCGAUGUAUCGACGAGAGAGGGUAUCGACGCGCCAUAUUCGAUAUAUCGCAAUGGCUCCGCCAUUUUGUCGGUCUGCCGGAUUACCGCCAAUUUAUCAAGUAACACGGCGUCAGUUCGGUAGUGGUGAGCAACUGUGACUUGUAUAUCAACGCGGUGUCCACGAUCGGCCGUGGGAGGUUCUCGCGGAGCAACGCGUGCGAGUCUCUGGUCCUCCCGUCGCGCUCCUGGAGCGUCUGUCGCGCGUCUGUUACGUCAUUGCGCGUCGCUAUGUCCCGGUGCUGCUGUUUCCUGUGCGCGAGCGACGAGGGUGUCUUCCUGGAAAUCACGCCGGACAGCGUGCGUGCGGCAUUCGGCGGUCAGCUCGAGGCCUGUUUGUCGAAGAAGGUCAACAAAACCAUUAAGUUGUCCAACAAGAUAUGCUAUAAGUGUGCAUACGAGUUAGAUCAGUGCGCUAAGUUUCUGCAGAAGAGCAAGAAAUCGUACGAUGUUGCGAAAUCGCCAAAGGCCAAGGCACCAGUGCCCCAUUGCUCUUUGUGCUGCGAGUCCAUAGAAAGUGUUCACAUUUUCGACAUCACCGAGGACAACCGUUCGGUAUUCAGCCCUUUACAGAAGAUUCGUCGCAUUUUUAGCGAAGAUCUCGCCAAGAAGGUCAAUAUUUCAAAACUAGUGUGUCUCGUGUGUCGAUAUAACUUGGAUGUUUUGUACGAUCUGAAAAAGCUACACGAACAGAGUGUCGACAAUCUAGAGGCUUUACUAAAAAAGGAAUUAGAUUAUUCAGGUUUUCCCAAGGUAUAUACAGAUGUCGUGAAUCGCAAAACGACUAUUACCACAUUUCCGGAUACGACGGUACAUGAACUAAUAAGCUCUGACAGCGAGUGCAGCGAGUACAGCGAUAUGGCGCGUGGGAAGAAACGUGGCAGGCCGCGUGGUAGACCGCGUGGUAGGGCACGCAGCAAGGCCGCGCCUUUGAAAAACGGUGCUUCAACCGCGAAGUCGCAAGGGAAGUACCGCAAUUGCGAACAGUGUUGCAACCCUGUCGCGAACGACAUGGAUAUGUACAGAGUUCACAGCACAGGCCAGAUCCUGUGCAAAAGUUGUUGGACAACGAGGGACCCGAGCAAGAGCACGGGGAAAAGACAGACGUUCAGCCUGUCGGGGACAAAAUUGUGCACGGUUUAUCUAACGGACGUGCUGGACAAGGGAAUUCGUGACAGCGAAAACAAAGUUGAGAAGAACAAGGAAGAUGACAAAUUUUACUUGAUAUCGGACGAGAGCUCAUUCGAAGAGGAUAAGAAUGUGGUGUCGCUGAAGAAUAAACCGACGGUUAACGGUAGCACAGAACGAGGUAAGAAACGGAGUAUCGUCUCUACCAAGAGCGAUGAGGAGAGCAUGCCGUCGAAAUUAAGCAAGCCAAAAUCCGUAACCGUGCAGAAGGUCGAGUCGGCGAAGGCGUUGUCCGAUUUGGAUCAGCCGUCUACUAGUUUCCAGAAAGGACGAAGUCGCAAGAGGAAAGUUAGCGGACAUGAAGAGCUAAGCUCAGAAUCCGAUCAGGGAAUCGUGAAAGGUAUGAUGUUAUUGCGCGGCAGAAGACAAGUUAAUCAUUUGCCGACUCUGUUGUCAACCUCAGAAGAAGAUGAUGCGAAUAAGGCACUCAAGAAACAGAAAAAAGGAGACAAGGAGACAAUUAAGGAGGCAACCAAGGAGACAACCAAGGAGGCAACCGAUGAAACAACAAUAAAGGCGCACCCUGAGUCUAACGACGAAUCGUCUACCGAGAGUGGCAGUAGAAACUUGAGGAGGAAGACAAAAGUCGCCAGCGUACUAGUUGCGCCGACAGCGAACACGAAAAAGACUGAAGCCGCCGAGGUCGGGCGAGAGUCGCGCAGCAAAAUGUCGUCCGUAUCGUUCAGCCAGGAAUCGACGCCGCCCGUGGAAUUCAAGAGCCCAAAGGAAAUGGCACCGCAAGAGUACACCUGCGACAAGUGCGAUAAGAAGUUCGACACGAAGCUGGCACAAGCGCAGCAUAAACUGACAACGCACAAUAAGCAGCUCGCGCUGACGUUAGAGAGAGUUACCUUCAGCUCCUUGAGUUGCGAGAAGAUAGAAUCGAGCGUUGAUUUGCUAGAGGAGGAUAAGACGACCUCCGAGGAAGCGACGGAAACGAAAUCCAGCAGCGGGGCCGCAGCUAAAGACGCGGGUGAUUCCCCCUCCGAGGAGGUCAACAUUUCUAUCGACGACGAUGACGAUGACGAUGACGACAUUUUUGAAUACAAACCCAAGAAAGACGACAAGGACGACGGUGAGAAGGAGCAACCUUUGGAUGCAGAAGCGAGCAAGUCGCAGCGAGAAGACGACGAAUCCAUGACGAAAAUCCCGACUGAGGCGAUUGCGAGUGAAUCUCAGCCAUGCGCAGACUUGACGACUGUGUCGGCGGUAACGAUAACCGAGGUGAAUGAGAAAGAGGACGAGGAUGUUAACACGAAAUUGAAGGAUCGUCAAGACGAGCACGCGAAUGAAGACGUUGCAGUUGAGAAUCACAAGAUGUUAGGCGGCGAGAAUGAAGACGGAGGCGCGACGGCGGAGAACGAAGACGCGACGGCGAAGAACGAAGACGCGACGGCGGAGAACGAAGACGCGACGGCGGAGAACGAAGACGCGGCGGUGGAGAACGAAGACGCGGCGGUGGAGAACGAAGACGCGGCGGUGGAGAAAGAAGACGCGACGGCGGAGAAAGAAGACACAGGGGAGAAGACGCCCGCUGCGGAAAGAAUGGGACCCGUUAUCGAGUCUGACGUCCUUGUCGAUGAAACAAUACCCAAUAACGAAAAGACCGACGAGCCGGUUGUUCCGUCGAUAACUGAGGAUAAUAAGGACGACACUAAUCAGGACACGGUCGAGCCUACCAACGAAGAUUACGAUGGGAGCUUCGAGGGCAAUUUACAAGACAGCUGCGAAGACAAUGGCGAGGACGGGGCAGAGAAGGAGGACGCGGAGGUGGGACUGUUGAACUGCGUGGAUAUAACGAACGAUUCCGAGGAAGAGGAGGAUCUAAAGGGAGAGGUUAAAAAGAAGAGGAAAAUCACGCCGGACACCACCGAUGAGAGGAUAGCAUUGGAUGACAAAGAGGACUUGUAUGACACCGCGAUCGAGUGUGCGGAAAAGCAUCGGCAGAACGCGAUCGAGGCCGAGGUCAUAGACAUUGACGAGUUGGACGAUAACAAUACCAUUAAGUCGACUCUUACGAAUUGUGAAGCGAUCCUUGAAGUGGAGAAUGAAGACGGGGAGGAGAACGACGUCGUCGUUACAGCUGACGGAGUAGACGACGCAGCUCUCGAAGUGAAACCGAAUAAGGCCACGACAGAGGAAACAUCGACGAUUGACCUGACGAUGGAUAACGGAGCACCGACGGUGGGCAAUUUCGAACCGGAGAUGAUAGAUGAAACGGCGGAGGCCGGCGAGAAACGCGAAGUGCAAGAAAACACGAGCAACGUGAGCACUUCGACGGACACCGUUACGAAGAUAAUGGAGGAGGUGUUCGAUCUCGCGGCCGCCGAGGUGCAGAAACGAAGGGACAGUAACGGCGCGAGCAAGAAUCUGGACGAGGAGAUCGAGAUGGAGACACUGGAGAACAUAUCGCGCGAGAUACGCAAUAGCGCCGAUAUGCCGUCUCUGGACCCGAUCAGCGCUAUAACGAUCAACGACGAGGAGACCGAUAUUACGGCUUUAGAUUAGUUUUUCCGCCCACGGCACUACGCGUUAUAAGAUUUCAUUGUAGAGAUUUUUUUUUUUUUCAAGCAAGUCCAUCCAGACACGCUCGUGGAUCACAGUUACGCUGGAACAUUGUAUAAUAAUACAAGAAAGUAAUUCGAAUAAAAAAGAAAAAAAAUUUGA